UCAGAAUUUGGAAUUUACGAUGCGAGGGUGUGAGAGUACGUUGCCGGCCGUGGUUAUGUAAAGAACAGAAGGCACAAAGUUAGUCAACGCCAACGGCAGUGAAGCUCAACAUCAUCAUAUAUACGUCUGUCUGAAUUGUAGCUCUUAUAGUCCGAUUUGGCCGUCCUUCAAUACAAGUGGACUCUGUGACUGCCUUGUCCAAACAAAACCUUGUGACUUCUUGAUUUUCCAGAAACUUAACUCGCUGGAUACACACAAGACUUAACUUGCUGGAUUCACUCAAGCCAACGGAAUAUCCAUGUAUUGUGAGAAAGGAAUGUGUUGUCCCACUUGCAGUGCCUUGUGUCUUGAUGUGAGAAGGUGUAGCAGCCCACCCGUGUUUCAAGCUGGAGGAGUUUAACAGAAAUUUGCCUCGAAAUCAAAUUAUUGCCCUGUUGAUUAGAAAUGGGCAAUACAGACAGCAGUAUGGCAGAAAGUGAUCAUCAUCACAAAAGGGUACCAUCGUCUAUGCGGCAUAAAAAUCGCGAAUCUCCUGCAUCUCUACCAAAACAACCCAAGCCUGACCACAAUGAAAUUGAAAGAAGAUUCAAUCAAGUGCUGGCCUCUAUGGAUCUGCCUCCGGAUAAAGUUAAAUUACUACGGCAGUAUGACGAUGAGAAGAAAUGGGACAUGAUCUGUGAUCAGGAACGCGUUCAUGCCAAAGAGACGCCGCCUUACUAUUUGCGCAAGCUCAAGACCUACUUGGACCCUAAAGCGUCUCGAAGUUCCAAGAAGAGGAGAAUGGUGAGCAAUUCAACGUCCACCCAAGUUCUUCGCGAUCUGGAAAUCUCCCUCCGCACGAAUCACAUCGAGUGGGUCCGGGAAUUUCUAAAUGAAGAGAACCAAGGCUUAGAUGUCUUGAUCAGCUAUCUCGAGUUCCGAUUAUUGAUGAUGAAAUACGAGCUUAAAGUGAGAGAGGACAACGACUGGGAGGAGUCGAUCAAGAAAAAGCUCUCCAAUGGUAGUAGCGUUUCCAGUUCCACGACUCCGAUCCAGGAGAAACCAGUCGAUAAGGUGGAGAAGACGGAGUUGAGCUCGCCGCGAUUAAAACGAGCGACGAAACAUGUUGCCAAACUGAAGAUGGGCGAAUCCAAAGAUGAUAUCCACGUUUGUAUCAUGUGCUUGAGAGCAAUCAUGAAUAACAAAUACGGCUUCAAUUUGGUGAUUAAACACGACGAAGCCAUUACUUGCAUUGCCCUGAGUCUCAAUCAUAAAAGCCUUCGCACCAAGGCUCUAGUUUUAGAAUUGCUUGCGGCAAUUUGCCUCGUCAAAGGUGGCCAUGAAAUCAUCCUGGAAUCGUUCAAUCGCUUCAAGGAUAUAUGCAGUGAAAAGCGCCGCUUUCAAACUUUAAUGGGAUACUUUAUGAAUUUUGAAAUGUUUCAUAUUGAAUUUAUGGUGGCCUGCACGCAGUUCAUCAACAUUGUCGUGCAUUCGGUGGAAGACAUGAACUUCCGAGUACAUUUGCAAUACGAAUUUUCCCAGCUGGGCCUUGACGACUACUUGGAAAAGCUGAGGAACACGGAAAGUGAAGAACUCCAGGUACAAAUAUCUGCCUACCUCGAUAACGUUUUCGACGUUCAAGCCUUGAUGGAAGAUAGCGAGACCAAAACAACCGCUUUAGAGAAAGUAGCUGACCUCGAGGACGAGUUGGCUCUGGCUCACGAACGAAUUGCCACGCUCGAGUAUGACGUCCUCAGUCGGCAAACGGAAAUGGAACAACAGAUUUCUUUAAUCAAAACGGAAAAAGAUGAAUUAGCAGAAAUGAAAUCAUGUUUGGAGGCGGAACUUUCUUCCCUGCGGUAUAAUGUUUCGAUGCGUGACGAAGAGUCUCGUCACCGGCAGGUUGCUCUCGAGUCCCGGAUCCAAGAGCUAGAGACGAUGACGCAAACACUACCCCGUUCUGGCGGAAAUGCCACAUUGAACACGACUACGGCUAUUGCGAAACCGUCGGCUGCUCCCCCUCCGCCGCCUCCACCACCAUCGCCACCCAUGUCGCCAGCGUCUACCUGCGCACCUCCUCCUCCUCCCCCGCCCAUGAUGGGAAGUUCAAGUAAUAAAACCUCACCUCCGUCAUCACUUUCACCUCCGCCUUUCCUGGUGGCACCUCCUCCUCCGGCUCCUGACAUGGGAAUGGCUCCAAGUGGGGGCAAUUUCACCAUCAAGCGCAAGAUUCAAACCAAACAUAAACUUCCUACGCUUAACUGGAUUGUUUUAAAGCCAAACCAGGUUAAAGGGACCAUUUUCAACGAAUUGGACGACGAGAAACUUCAUAGCCUUAUUGAUUUCAACGAAUUUGAAGAACAAUUUAAAAUGGGCACGAAUAUGCCCAUGCCCAAUUCUAACGAGGAGAUCGAUGGACUGGUCAGUCAGGGUAGUAAACGAAUCAAACGACCGGAAUUGCUCACGUUAUUAGAGCACAACAGGCUCCGGAAUAUCGCUAUUUGCCGUCGUAAAUUGGAGAUGCAAUUGGAAGAUGUUAUCCGAGCGGUCAAUGCUCUAGAUCUGAAGACCUUCUCCUUGGAGAACGUUGAAAUUUUACAACGAAUGUUGCCUACGGAAACCGAGGCAAAAGCUUAUCGCGAUUACGCCAUUUCCAAGAAAAGUAUCGAUUUGCUAACGGAGGAGGAUCGCUUCAUUUAUCGUCUUAGUCAUACGGAACGUCUAGCAACGAAGCUCCAGGUCAUGUGUUACAUGGGCAACUUUUUCGACAAUGUUUAUUUGAUAACUCCGCAAGUUCAAGCCAUUCUAUCUGCGUCACGUUCGCUGAUGGCUUCCAAAAAGCUUCGCUCCUUCCUGGAAAUUGUUUUGGCUUUCGGUAACUACCUUAACAGCGGCAAACGUGGCCCAGCCUACGGAUUCAAACUUCAAUCUUUGGACUCUUUGGUCGAUGCCAAGUCUGGCGACCGCAAAUUGUGUCUCCUGCAUUACAUCAUCGAAACCAUUCACAAGAAAUUCCCCGAAGCCCUUCACUUUGAUGGCGAAUUGCGAUUCGUCGAAAAGGCUGCCACCGUUUCGCUGGAGAACGUUCUCAGUGAUAUCCAAGAGCUUCAGAAAGGCAUGGAUAUAACGCGGAAGGAAUACGAGUUGAGAAAAGACUUGAAGGAUGAGAAACAAAAUGUGAUUCUUAAGGAUUUCUUAACGAACGCGGAAGAAAAACUGCGACGAUUGCGGGCCGACUCCAAAGCCGCCCAAGACGCAUUCAACGAGUGCGUCGAGUAUUUCGGAGAGCGUCAGAGUGACGCCAACGCUUUCUUUGGCUUGUUUGCCCGUUUUAUAAAGACUUACAAGCAAGCCGAGCAAGAAAACGAACAGAGGCGGCGCCUUCAGCAGGCUGCAAGUGUUUCUUCACUAGCCAACGCCACAACGCCACGGAAUGGCGGAAAUCCACGACGUCAGCAGGAAGCGGUCAUCAGCGAGUUGCGAACUAGAUCGAAUCAAAUUCAGGAAAAGAAACUUCUUCCUGCUGAUGAAGUCUACCACGGAGCGUUGGAAGACAUUCUUCUUGGUCUCAAAUCGGAACCCUACCGACGAGCCGACGCGGUCCGGCGCUCUCAGCGGAGACGGAACAACACCGCCACCAAUCGCCUGUCGAAAAAUCUAGAAGAUUUAGAUUCAACGUUCUAGGCCUUAGAAAUAGGCCUACUCGAUUCCUAGUUAUAUUCAAAUGACCAAUAUUAAUUAUCUUUCCAAGAGUGACCUUUUUUUAAAAGAAACGAAGAAAAAGAAAACCCAAAUCCACGUUUUUUUUUAAGUUGGAAUUCAGGUAUAAUGAAUGCAGGAGAGAUUUGAAAACACGACGCACAGAAUGCUCAGCGUAUCUUGUUUUAAAAAAAUAAUGUGCCCCCCAAUGAAAACAAAACGUACGUGUGAAAGAAUGGCUUGAAACAGUUGCUUACAAAUUGACUGCCGUACGAAGGCUUAUAUUCCUCCUCAUUGCUGUCGCUCAUCUUGUUUUUUUUUCUAGAAAAAGGGUCAUCAUUUGAUCAAUUUUUAUUUUUUAGGAUUUCCGUUCUCAUCGACAGAUAUCGUCUUAUCCAUUUAUUUUGUUUGUGUCUCUUUUGUUAUUAUCACGCGACGCUUUUAGUCUUGGCAGUUGCUGCAUUCUGGAGGCAUUGACAAGUAUUUUAUUCCCGCGGGAGCCCACAACUGAAGAAAGUAAUGAGCAUAUCCAAAACCCUCAGGCUCGCAAUGUUUUUAAAUAAGAGAUUCGUCUUAACCAAAAGAAAAAUGUUUAUCAAAUAUUUUGAAAAAGGAAAGUUUUUUUGGGGGUUGGUAGUUUUUCCCACAUUUUAUUAUGUAAUUCGGUAUCGACGACCCCUCCCCUGACGCGCUGUGAUACCAGUCAAUACAUAUGUGACGACCAAACAGCCCCAUCAAAAAGGAAAAAAACGGGAACAGCAAAAGAAGAAAAAACCUCAAAUUGCCUCUUGCCUUGUUCAUUUUUCAAUUCCCCCCCCCCCCCCCUCUUGCCCCCAUAUUCCUAUUACGGUAUUCUCAAAAAAGCUUUUUCGCCUUAAACUUUAUACUUUUUAAAAAAAUUGACUUGUAUGAAAGAAGAAGAGAAAGAUUGUUGGCCUUGAGGUUACAUCCUUGAUAUCAAAUUCGACGAACCUUAUUAUCUGCAGUCUGCUGGAGGUAUCACACAAACCUUACGGCUUGAUAAUCGUUUCGUCUAUUUCCAAUACACAGAUUUUUACUAUAA